AUGAGAAGAUCUAGGAGAGUGGCCAGCGCGGCUAGUGCCGAGGUCGUGGAGCCCGUGGAACCCGUGGAACCCGUUCAGUCCACACAGUCUGUGCGAACCAAGAGGAAAGCCAGCGAUGAUCCAGUACCCAUUGAAGACUGGCAGCAGUACAUUUCGGAGGACACGCUGCGCGUGUACUACAAGCAGGUGAGGCCCAAGGUGGAGAUCCCGUACGAGCUGUUGGCGGACGACGAGGACCGAGAGGCGCUGGUGCACUCGUGGGAGUACCAGUACGUGUUAUCCUGGCUUUACAACGUGUGCGAGUCCUUCAGAACACAGCACUCGUCCAUUGCGGAAUACAUCAUCGACACCACUGGACCCAUCAGGACUUACUGGAAGGACCUGAAGUUCGACGAGAACCUGCUGUGGAUAGACUUCCAUCGCGUGUUCCCACACAUCAGACUAAACCUGUUGAAAAAUGUAGCCAACAACAAGUCCAUUACCAUGGACCAGUGGGAUGAGCUGUUGGAGAACCAUGUCGGGAUCACAGACAAGUUCGAUGACAUGCGCUUGCCAGAUCAAUUCAACGUGCUUUACAGGAUGAUCAAGUUCAUCGAGGCAAGAAACUUACCAUUCAGGAACUACCUGUCGAAUUACCUGGAUCUGUUCGAUUUCUACCACACAGAACUCGAUGAACACAGGUAUCUUAUCGCACUUCCGGCCAUCGGGGUCCUAAUAGAGCGUCAAUUGACCAGAGAUGACAACGACAAGGAGCUAGCAGUACCGAUAAAAUUGAAAAACUGCACGGUUCAGAAUAAAACAGAUAAAUCGAUAGAGCUCAUCCACUUGGAUUACUCAAAAGAGAUAGAUGACUACAUGCAUUCGGUGAAAUUUGAAACCACAGUGCUGACCACUGAUUUUGAAUCAUUCUUGGAGUAUUGGCGUAACCACAAGAAGAACAAACAGAUUAACGAGUUUUGUACCUCCAUGAUACCUGAUCUUAUCGAACAUAUACUCUACGCUUCUAAAUCAAUGACGAUGAAAGAAAAAGAAGAUUCAUUAGCAGAACUAAUGACAAGAAGAAAGAGAUCCUCGAGAUUAGUUGCCAAAGAAAAAGAAGUUGAAAAGGAGGAAGAACAGCAUAAAUGGUUGGAUAAAGUAACAGAUAGAGACCAAUUCAUAAAACAUAGAAAUAGAGUUGUCGGGAAAUUUGCAAAGAAGGUCAAAGAUGUGAUUAGAAAUGAAAUAUGGUAUAAAUUUGAACAGGAGUUGAAAACAGAGAAGCUACGCAGAAGAAAUGACCCUAGACUAAAUACUGACAGCUUUGGACCCUCAGAUGAAGAUCCGUUGGGACCCAUGGAUUGGCAAAUUAUAAAUGAUAACCCAGUGUUUAAAGAAAAUGUAGUAAGCAUGCCACCUAGCCACAUAACAGAUGAAUUAAAAGAAGUACUGCCUAAUUUGACUGAACUUCCAAGUAACCUUUGUAUCACUAAUGAAGAUAUUGAAGAAAGGAAAAAGGAAGGUUUACCAACCGAUAAUGAACAACUUGACAUCCAGGACUGGCUCUUUGAUUGCCCUGGUGAAACAGAACCUGUCACAACGUUGGUAUCACAUGAAAAAGAACCAGAAGACCCUAGGAUUGUUAACCAUUCUUUAGUAUGUUGUGCUGAAUGUUUCAGAUGGCAACAUUGGGCUCACCAACCUUCAAAAAUUACAGAAAUUCUGACAUAUGCUUCGCUAAAGCCUUCCAUGUUAAAUGACAAUAUAGACCACCAACUUACUGAAAAAGAUCUCGCAGCAGUUUCUUACGCAUCGACUGCUCCGCUCCCUUCAAUUCUACCAAGUAGAAGAUCAGUGAGGGCACGCACUGCAGAUUCAAGAGAGGAAUCAAGAGAACCUGAAGUCCAGUAUAAUCGACCCGUGGAUAAGAGAAAGCCUCUUGGUGAGUUUACCUUGUUUGUUUGUGGUUGGUGCAUGGAAAAUUUCGAAAGUAGUAUUAGAUCCAGUUUUAUACCGGAGUUACAAGCUAUUAGACUAAAGCAGAAGAAGCAGUUUGAAUACAGAAUGAAAAAGAAGAGAGAGAAGGAGGAAUUGAAAAAAGCACAAGCUCAGUUGAGCAACAAUGAUUCCAACGGUAAUACAUCUUCAUUCAAGACAAAAGUAACGAAUCCUACAUCUACAAUAGAUAAUGGCAUGCAUAACAGUUUUGCAACUCAUCAACCUGUAAGCAAUCAAUUACCGCAAGUCUCCCCGGUUGUCAAUCCUAUUACUCAGGAAGAAGCCCUCAACAGCAACCAGCAGCUACCUAUUAUGAACGCGCAACAGGUACCGAUGGAUAACAUCCAACAAGCAAGUAUGUAUAACAGCCCACAGUUACCGAUUAACAAUGUCCAGCCUGAAGUGCCAACUAUUACACAUAAUGUUAAUGCCAUGCCUAAUAAUUUUGUCGGACAUACACAGAUGAAUGGCUUUCAAGCCGUAUCUGCCACUCAAUUGGAAAUUCACCCCACCACAGAACAUCCAAUUACUGACGCCCAGUCACAAGCGCACCAACGUUUCGCACCACCUAGCGAUAGCUUGUGA